AAUCCAAAGGAUCCAUCCAUCCAUCCAUCCAUCCAUCCAUCCAUCCAUCCAUCGUUACUGGCGUCUGCCAUCUAUCUGUCCGUCUCCUCCGGAUUGGCCUCUGUCGGAUCAGACUGAGAAGGUUCGAAUUGGAAUUAAUAUUGAAACCGUGUUGACCCGCCAACUCGACCCUCCUACCGUCCCUGGCCAUGAAUCCUAAGACCACGGCGGUUGGCUCGCCGGCUCAAGCCAAAGCGGCUCAAUCCCGUCACGGCGCCCACGCCACGCCCGGGGCCACGCCUAACAGUCAAGCCGAGGCCAGUGACGGUGAGGACUUGGACGAAUCCGGCUUGAGCGACGAGGAUGAGCACGACGAUGAGGAAGAAGACGAUCAAGAGGAGGAAGAUCAUGAGGAAGAUGACGACGAAGAGGAAGACACACCUCAUGCACCCGUGGCCCCGCCUAGUCCAGCUCCCCCUGCUCGUCCGGGGCCCACGGCCUCGGGUCCGGUUAGUGGGAGCCGAAGAAGCGGACGCGGUCGACACGCUGCGGGUCAGGCGGCUCGAUCGGGUCAUGACUCCACGGCUCGGGUGAAAGAGACUGAGGGCGAAUCCAGCGAAGAUGACGACGACGAGGAGGAUGAGGACGAGGAAGAGGACGACGAUCAGGAAGAAGACAAUGAGGAGGACGAAGAGGAAGAGGACAGUUCGGAUGUGGAUGUGGGCGAUUGCGAGAAGAAACGCGACGAGUUCGUCGAUGACUUGACGGAUCUCGAGAAACAGUUCGCCAUCCUCCGGGAACAAUUGUACCGCGAGCGGAUUACGCAGAUCGAGAUCAAGUUAAAUGAUGUGCGGGCCAGUCAAGCCGCCGAGUACCUGCAACCGUUGGAGGAGCUUCAGGUGAACUUACGAAAUCGCCUGGAGGUGGGACAGGUGCUCAAAGAGCUCCGUCUAGCCAAUAUCCAGUGCAAGUUUGAUGCCGAAAUGCUGGCCACCGAUCAGAACUACGAGAGCGAGAAAGGCUUGUUAUUGGACUCGAUAAAGGCCGAGUUGGAAGACAAAAUUCACCGACUCGAAGAAGACAAGCAGAACGUGGACCUCUCGAGUGGCUUAUGGGAGCGAUCCGGCAAGUCCCGUAAACGGAAAGCCGAUCCCAUGGAUCCGGAUCGGCGGAAGAAGCCCGUGUCGGUGACCGGGCCCUACAUUGUAUACAUGCUGACGGAGGAUGACAUCUUGGAGGAUUGGACCGCCAUCAAGAAGUCCAUGACGCAGAGAAAGAAGACCGCCGUCUGACGGAGAUUGAGUGGCAAGCCCUGCCCCUGAGCUGCGUAGUAUGUCUCUGGCUGUGAUUUCAUCAACUUGUUUGACCUCAUCGUAUUAUUCCGAAGGUUGGUCUGCCUCAACCUUGCCUCCGAGUCUCGAUUCUUCGAGAUCAUGGUUCAUUUUUUCCUUGUACACACCCAAACAACCCUUGUGACCCAUGUCGGGACAAUCUAAAUGUACUUAAGUACCACGCUA